AUGCCGGUAUCCGGAGAUCGUCGUGAAAUUGUCAUUGUUGGUGGUGGUAUCAUCGGCUGUUGUUCGGCAUAUUUUCUUACAAGACACCCCUCCUAUGACCCAACCCGACACAAAGUCACCCUUCUUGAAGCUUCGGACAUCGCAGGCGGAGCGUCAGGGAAAGCCGGAGGACUGCUAGCGCGAUGGGCAUAUCCGGAUAAUCUUGUAAAUCUCAGCUACCCACUCCACCAACAGCUGGCAAAGGAACACGACGGCAAGAACCGAUGGGACUACAGGGAAACAAACUGUGGCCAGUUAGUUGUCAAGGGUCGGGUUCUCUCCGACAAAAAACAGACCGGCGAUGGACAGCAUGAGUCGCUUGAGAAGCGCAGUGCAGCCGCUAUAUCCAAACUUAAGGCUGCUAAGAUCCCCCAUGACCUGGACUGGAUUGAGCCUGAACUCUUGAGAGCUUAUGAGAGUAUGAGUGGACCGGGCGAAACAGCACAGGUUCAUCCAUAUUUGUUUACUACAUCUAUGGCAAAGCUGGCCGAGGAGAAAGGAGCGGAAAUCAUCCUUGGUAAAGUUACCGAGAUCGUGCGCCCCAAUGGUGCUGUGAAAUCUGUUUCAUAUACCGACAAAGCAUCAGGCGAGUCUCGCACAAUCUCAGCUACAGAUGUGAUUAUUGCGGCUGGCCCAUGGACUCAAGCUAUAUUUCCUGAAGCUCCCAUUACUGCGAUGCGGGCACAUAGUGUGGUCAUCCGACCAACAAGACCAGUCAGUGCCUAUGCACUUUUUACGAACAUUGAGAUCCCAGCGAAUUUCAAUCCUGCUAUGAAAUCUCGGCCGACUGUAGCCACGCCGGAGAUCUAUACCCGUCCCGAUGACACUGUAUACGCCUGCGGUGAUGGUGAUAAGACUGUACCAUUGCCCCCGACUUCCGUUGAAGUCGAGGUGGAUCAGGAGCGCUGCCAGGAGAUUAUUGACCAUGUGGGUAGCAUUUCUAACCAGCUACGGGACGGAGAGAUCAGCGUGCGUCAAGCUUGCUACUUACCCAACACUGUUGGUGGCAGAGGGCCAUUGGUUGGUCUUACACAUACCAAGGGUCUUUAUCUUGCUGCUGGUCAUACUUGUUGGGGUAUUCAGAAUGGUCCUGGUACAGGAAAGCUCAUAAGUGAGUUUGUAUUUGAUGGCCAGGCUAAGAGCGCAAAGAUCGCUUCUCUGGAUCCUCGAAUUUGGAACUUGUACACAUUCAAUGUCCCCUCAAUUGGGAUGCAACUGAAAAGAAUGCAUCUCCGGAUUCCAGUUCUCUUAACAUCGCUCCUCUCCGCGACGGGAGUUCUUGCAAGCCAAGACCCGAACGAUGUCUCUAUCUUAAUUAAAGAGGCCGCACGCGCCAACAACGAAUCCCUGUUAUGGGGUCCCUACAAGCCCAACCUGUAUUUCGGCGUUCGUCCUCGAAUUGCGAACAGUAUUGCUGCAGGUUUGAUGUGGGCGAAGGUGGAUAACUAUGCCACUGCCCAGUCAAACUUCCGGCAUACGUGUGAGCAGAAUGAGGGUAUGGCAGGGUACGGAUGGGACGAAUACGAUAUCCGAAAGGGAGGACGGCAGACUAUUCACGAUGCUGGGAACUCUCUGGACUUGACCAUUGACUUUGUGAAGGUCCCCGGUGGCCAGAAUGGCGGAAGCUGGGGAUUCCGUGUCAAGGGUGUUCCUCGUGAGGAUGGUGCCCCGGAUCAGCCUACUUCUAUGGUUUUCUACACUACCCUCGAGGGAUUGGGUCAGCUAGGCGUUGAAAAGGCCAGUGUUGGUGAUGCGCCUGCACUCGAAGGUGAUGUCAGGAUUCUGGGUUAUUCUUCUGAACUUGGCGAGUUUACUAUCGACGUCACUGAGGGUCCCGAGACCAAUGAGUACUUCUCGCACAGCCACCCGAGCUACGAGGAUAAACCAUUGGGCAAGGGUCUGGUUACUAGUGGCAAUGUGCCGCAGCCUCAGCUUUGGCAGGCUAAGGGUUUGAUGUUUAUGCAGAUGAAGGGAGAGGUUGAGCCCACCAUUGAGAAGUAUGGAACGGAAAAUCCUCCUCCCCCAGCCCAGCUAUUUACUAUUAAGCACCAACCUGGAAAUGGCAACCUUCAUCUUGUCCAGAAGGUCUUCAAGGGUGCCUUCGAGUUUGAUGUUCUCUUUUCCUCCGGAUCUGCCCCUGAGCCUGAAAUCAAGGAAGCGUCGACGUCCUUCUCCGAGCGCUUUAAGGAAGUGCUGACACCUAACGCACCCUUCAACACCGCCAAAUACGUCCAGUUCUCCAAGGCUAUGCUGUCCAACUUAGUUGGUGGUAUUGGUUUCUUCCACGGAGAUGACAUUGUCGACCGAUCUGCCCAUCCUGCUUACGAGGAGGAGAACGAGGGCUUCUGGGAGGAGACCGCAGAGGCUCGCGCUGCGGCUCAGCCUGUCCUCGGGGGCGCCAAAGACCUGUUCACUUGUGUUCCAUCCCGUCCUUUCUUCCCUCGUGGAUUCCUCUGGGAUGAGGGUUUCCACCUGCUCCCCGUGAUGGAAUAUGACUCUGAUGUCGCACUUGAAAUCAUCAAGAGCUGGUUCCACUUGAUGGACGAAGAUGGAUGGAUUGCCCGUGAACAAAUUCUCGGCUUGGAAGCUCGCAGCAAAGUGCCCGCUGAGUUCACAGUGCAGUACCCACACUACGCUAACCCGCCCACUCUCUUCAUGGCUCUCGAGGCGUUCAUGGAUAAGGCCAAGAGCAACAAGAGCAUUCAGAAGCAAGGUCUCGAUGACCAGGAUGUUGCUGAAAACCUCCGCACUGCGACCCUACGCAACCCGGAGCUGGCCGAUGCCUACCUUCGCUCUUUCUACCCUCUCAUGAAGAGACACUACAACUGGUACCGCAACACCCAACGCGGUGACAUCAAGUCCUACGACCGCGAGGCCUUCUCCUCCAAGGAGGGUUACCGCUGGCGUGGACGUUUCGUCCAGCACAUCCUGACCUCUGGUAUCGAUGACUACCCUCGUCCUCAGCCUCCACACCCUGGUGAGCUGCACGUUGAUCUGCUCAGCUGGAUGGGUAUGAUGACCCGUACUCUGCGCCGCAUCGCAGAGACUCUUGGCGAACAGGAGGAUGCGGAGGAAUUCGCGUACCACGAGAAUGCCAUCACUCGCAAUAUUGAGGAUCUACACUGGAAUGAAGAUGCGCAGACUUUCUGCGAUGCGACAAUUGAUGAGUAUGAGGAGAGUGUGCAUGUCUGCCACAAAGGUUACAUCUCUAUUUUCCCCUACUUGACGGGCAUGAUUGGCCCCGACAGUCCCCGCCUCAAGGCAGUCUUGGAUCUCAUCAGUGACCCCGAGGAGCUGUGGAGUGACUACGGUAUUCGCAGCUUGAGCAAGAAGGAUGAGUUCUACGGCACAGAAGAGAACUACUGGCGAAGCCCUGUGUGGGUUCCUAUCAACUACCUGGUUUUGAGAAACCUUUUUGCCACCGCCAACGCAGAUGGUCCCCACCGUGAACAGGCUCGUGAGAUGUACUCCAGCCUGCGCAAGAACCUGGUUGAGAACGUCUUCAGAGAAUGGGAGAGGACUGGAUUCGCAUGGGAGCAGUACAACCCUGAGACAGGUGUCGGACAGCGCACACAGCACUUUACCGGCUGGACCAGUAUGGUGGUGAGCCUUAUGGCCAUGCCCGAUCUGAAGGAGGAGGUUCUCCACGACGAGCUGUAG